AUCAAUAAACUAAUUUACAAAAUUGUUGACGGCAAUGAACACCAACUUUAUUCCAUUGAAGAAACUACUGGUCUCAUUAGCUUGCAAAAUAAUCAGAGACUCCAAAACCAUAAACAAACUAUACUAAAUAUUUCUGUUACCGAUGGACUACAUACUAGUUUUGCCAGAGUAAAAAUUAAUCUGUUGGCUGAAAAUCUCCACAGCCCAGUUUUUGAAAACCAAUUUUAUGAAGCUCAUGUUUAUGAGAACGAUGACCAGGAUAAAUUUAUCGUAAAAGUUAAAGCAAUAGAUAAUGAUUUCGGAACAUAUGCAACUUUAACUUAUGAAAUAAUUGGAGAUGACAUGAAUUCCAUAUUUACGGUGGGAUAGAAACACUGGUUCUUUAUACACAAAAGAUUCCUUAAACAGGGAACAAAAAUCAACCUAUGAUGUUAUUGUUAAAGCUUCUGAACGGAGGAGGAAAAAUUUGGAUUUACUUUGGUAAAGGUCAAAGUUGUAGACGUCAAUGAUAAUGCUCCAUACUUUUUGCUGAAAGAUUUGAAAAUUAUAGUAAAACAUGAUGUUAAAGUAAAUUCUGUCAUUGCUAAGAUUACAGCGAUGGAUAUGGAUGAAAAUAAUAACAGCAUCUUAAAUUAUACAAUGGAAAAUUCAACAUUAAAUCCUAUGUAUAUGGAAUAUUUGUCACUAGGCAAUGAAGGAGAUCUACGUAUAACAAAGUCCUUACAAAACUUUUCCAAUGAAUUAAUAGAAUUUUUCGUUAAAGCGACUGAUAAUGGUGAUAAACAAUUGAGUAAUGUUUUACCGGUAUCAUUACAAGUUGUGUAUUCAAAUAUAACAAUUCCCUCAUUUGAAAAGGCUGUAUUGAACAUUAAUGUCGAAGAGUCUUAUUCGCCGGGCUCAAUACUAGCAAAAUUAAAAGUAAAUGGCAAUUUUUCAGUAAAAAUUUCGUUAGUAUCGUACUCACCAAAAUUCUCUAUAACUGAAAAUGGAGAUGUUAUGUUAAUGCAGUUGUUAGAUAGGGAAGUGUCUAGUGUGGAACACAUCAUUGCAAUGUCAGAAACUGCAACAGUUCCUCCGUUGUAUGCGUAUAUCGAUAUAUUUUUUAAUGUCCAGGAUGAAAACGAUAAUUUUCCAAAAUUCUCAAAUAUAGUAUACAAUGUUGAAAUUCCGGAAAAUGCUGAAAAGGGUUCGUCUGUUAUUAAAGUAACAUGUGUGGAUGCAGAUGAGGGACCUAAUGGUGAUGUACGAUAUUACUUAGAAGAUGAUACAUAUUCAAAAAUAUUUGAAAUCGAUAUUUAUUCUGGAUGGAUAACAUUGCUUUCAACCUUAGACAGAGAGUCGCAGUCAGAAUAUUAUUUCAAUGUUUUAGCAAGCGACAAUGGUCAGCCUAAACAAAUAUCUAAAGCUCCUGUAUCUAUAACUGUAUUGGACUGUAAUGACAACCCCUCCAUAUUUAAACAAAAGCAUCAGGAUCUAUUUGUAUCGGAAAAUGUUAUACCUGGAACUGUUUUAUCACGACUUUUAGUAACAGACUUGGAUUCGCAAAAAAGCCAUUUAGAUUUCUUUAUAGUAUCUGGUGACAAUUACUCUCAGUUUCAAAUCUCAAACAGCGGAGAAUUAUUUGUUUCGAAGAAACUUGAUCGCGAAUUUAUAGAAAAUUAUAAUCUCAGUGUUGCUGUAACCGAUGGAAAAUUUAUUUCGUAUGCUUAUAUAUUUAUUAGCAUUAAUGAUGAAAAUGAUAAUUUUCCAAUAUGCUUGAAACCGAGAUACAAUAUUAUUGUCAAUGAAUCGACACCUGUGGGUACAACCUUAGUUGAAAUAAGUGCAAUAGAUCUCGAUAUUAAUCCCAACAACAAAAUGAGAUACUAUUUAACGGGUAACUUUUCAGACGAUUUUUACAUUGACAAAGAUUCUGGUGAACUAAAAAUUGCUAAACAAUUAGAUCGUGAAAAGCAUUCAAUGUAUAUUUUGCUCGUUCAUGUUCAAGAUGGAAAAGAAUUAUUAAAGGAGUGUGUUAGCGAAGUUAUUAUUGCUGUCAGUGAUGUAAAUGAUAACAAACCAGAAUUUUCAAUGAAACAAUAUAUCGUUAGUAUACCUGAAGAUGCUCAAAUUAACACAAUUGUAACCAAAAUUCAUGCAACUGAUAAAGAUUUUGGAUUAAAUAGAAAAUUAUCAUACUCUUUUUUGGAAGCAAAUGAUUUUUUUAAGAUCACUUCUUUUAAUGGCAUUAUAAAAUUAACGAAAUCUUUAGACAGAGAAAAUACAUCUAUAUUUAAUAUAUCACUAAAAGCAGAAGAUUAUGGAACUCCUAAAUUAUAUUCCAUCGCAAAUCUUACCAUACAUGUAUUGGACAUCAACGAUAAUCCACCAGUAUUUAAUUUAAAGCAUUAUAAAACAUUUUUAUCGGAGAAAUCGGCAAUAGAUUCUGUCGUUUUAAAAGUUCACGCUACAUCUGAAGAUAUCGGUAUAAAUGCUGAAAUAUUAUAUUAUAUUAUUGGGGGAAAUGAACAACAAAAGUUUAAAAUCGAUUCUAAAACAGGAGUGAUUUCAGUAAAUUUGGAAAUUGAUUAUGAAAAAACUAAAUCGUUUUUCUUGACAGUGCAGGCAAUUGAUGGAGGAACGCCACCACUUAGUAGUCAAGCAUUUGUAAACAUCACAAUAUUGGAUAUUAAUGACAAUCUUCCACAAUUCACACAAAAUCUUUAUCGUAUACGUGUGGCUGAAAAUACAAAAAAAGGACAAAUUAUAGCCCAGAUUACUGCUACUGAUGAGGACUCUGAACAAAAUGGUAUUGUAAUGUACCAUAUAGAAAGAGGAGACAGAUUAAAACAGUUUUCUAUCGAUGAAUUUAUGGGAGAAAUCUAUAUUAACAAUGACCUUGAUCGAGAAACAAUAUCAUCAUAUACUCUUGAGAUAAGGGCAUGUGAUAAUGGAAUUCCGCAAUUGUGCAGUUAUGUUCAAGUAUUAAUAGAUGUAUUAGACAUAAACGAUAAUCCACCAUUAUUUAAAAACUCAAAUUACAGCAUAGUUUUGCAAGAGAAUAAGCCUUUGGGAUUUAUAAUAAUUACGUUUGAAUUAUCUGAUGCUGACGAGUUCCCAAAUAGUAGUCCAUUUACAUUUGACUUUAAGAGUGGAAAUGAGGGUGGAUUUUUUCGAUUGGAACAAGAUGGUAGCCUAAGAACUGCCGCUCGAUUUAACCAUCGCAUUUGUGACGAAUAUGUAUUGCAAAUUAGAGUUUUCGACAAUGGCACCCCACCUCUAUAUUCUGAUACAUGGAUUUCAAUCAAAAUAAUCGAAGAAAGUCAGUAUCCACCAGUAAUUACACCUUUAGAAAUAACAGUUAACUCUUAUGAUGACGAUUUUGCUGGAGGAUUUCUUGGCAAAAUAUAUGUCUCAGAUCUGGAUAAAUAUGAUACUUUUACAUUCGAACUUGCUCCAACCCAUGGGUAUGAAUAUUCUGUCCUUAGAUUAUUCAACAUAUCGCAGAACACUGGAGAGCUUUUUGCUCUAAAGAAUCUUGAUAUUGGUCUAUAUCAAAUAAACGUUACUGUGUCAGAUGGAAAAUUCAUUUCUCAUGCGAUUGUACGUUUAAACGUGGAAAUUAUUACAAAUGAAAUGGUUAAAAACUCCAUAAUUAUUAAAUUUGGAAAUGUUACCCCAAAAGACUUCAUUUUAAGUCAUCGUAAAGCUUUUAUACGAUCUAUUCGUGAAAUAAUGAGAUGUGGCCAAAAAGAUGUGAUUAUUAUUGCUCUUAAUCACGACCAGAUUCUUGCAAAUGAAAAUAAUACAACUAAUAUGUUAUUUAAUAGCAAUCGUUCUAGAAGACGACGAUCCUAUAAUGUUUUAGAAGUGGUUUUUACAGUGCAGAAGCAACAAAUCGUUCCAACAUCAGAAAGCUAUUAUUCUUCUGAUGAAAUACGUUAUAAGAUUUUAAAAAAAAUUGAAGAAAUUGAAUAUAACUCAAAUCUUUUGGUAGAAGAGCUGGUACCAAAUGAAUGUAUAUCAAGUACAUGCGUUCAUGGUGAAUGCAAAAAACAACUGCGUAUAAUGAAAAACGACUUACACACAUACUAUACAGAUGUUGUUAGUUAUGUUUCACCCACAUACAUAUAUAUAAAUAACUGUUUAUGCAAGCAAGGUUUUGACGGGAAAAAUUGUGAUGAGCCCAUCAACGCAUGUUCGUCUGAUCCAUGUACUGUGCAAAAAAAAUGCUGGCCAGCCGAUACUGCAAUCGGUUAUCAAUGUAUAUGUCCUACAGGUUAUUCAGGCUUGAACUGUGAAAUUCAAGCUGUGAAAUGUCUAAAUAAUACUUGUUCAAAUUUACAAACACCAGUUUCAUUUAGUGGAAAAAGCUACGCACAUUAUAAAAUAAAUAAAUCUGUUGCUCGGAGUAUUGUAGAAAGUCAAUUUUCUUUUUCGUUAAAUGUGCGGACUGUACAGCAAUCUGGAACUCUAGUUUAUGCAAGUGGUCCCAUAGAUUACAAUAUAAUCGAGAUUUUAAAUGGAGCUCUUCAAUAUAGAUUUGAUCUCGGUUCUGGGGAAGGUCUAGUUGUAGUAUCUAGUGUAAAUAUAUCUGACGGAGCCUGGCACUCCAUAAAACUAGAGCGUAUUCUUAAUACUGCGAAGGUGGUCGUUGAUAGUAAGCACUUCUCUCAAGGCAGUGCCCCUGGAGUUAACAUUAUAUUAAAUCUGCAAACAAAUGAUUUUUUUGUGGGAGCAGAAGUUAAACCACAUCAUACUAUAAUUGGAUAUGAAGACAUUCAUAGGGGUUUUAUAGGCUGCAUGACCGAUUUAAGGAUAGGAAAUGAAAUGUUACCUCUAUAUAUAUCUGGAGGUAGUACUGUAGCUGCUUUAAAGCGAUUUACUAACGUUGAAUUUCAUUGUGAUCCCGCAAAAGUUUUAAUAAAUUUGGGUAUUUGCAGCAGUCAACCCUGUUUGAAUGCAGGCUUUUGUCAAGAUCUCGGUGAUAAAUUUAAAUGUGUAUGUCCUGAGCGAUUUUCUGGAAAAUUGUGCGAAGUUGAUUUAGAUCCAUGUGCAUCAUCCCCCUGUUUAUAUGGUGGUCAUUGCGAACAUUUUGGUCCUAAUAAUUAUUCAUGCAUCUGUCCAAGUCAUCUAUCAGGCAGAAGAUGUGAAUAUGGUAAAUUUUGCUCACCUAAUCCAUGCAAAAAUGGAGGAAUAUGUGAAGAAGGCGAUGGUAUUCCACAUUGUAUGUGUAGGGGAUUUACUGGAACAAUGUGUGAAAUUGAUGUGGACGAAUGUGAAAAUCAUCCAUGUGGAAGUGGUGCAACUUGUAUCAACGAAGCUGGUAGUUUUCGAUGUAUUUGUCCCUCAUAUCUAACAGGAGCUAGCUGCGGAGAUCCGUUGUAUUCAAAUUCUAUUUCUACAAAAAUUAGAAAUUUUUCAAUGGAAAAUAUUACAGGCAUAAUAUGCGGAGUAACAUUUGUUUUCAUAUUUUGUAUAUUGAUGCUACUCUGCAUAAUUUUGAAAAAGAAUUACUCAAGAACGAUAAGACAAAAUCCCGAUAGAAUCAAAAAUACGUAUAAGGAAACAACAUUGAAUUCUCUCCUACAGAAGGAUAAGAAUAAUAAACAGAAUACUAAGCUCAGUAAUCUAGAAGUUAACCACCGACCAAUAAGUUAUACUCAAUCAUCUACAGAUAAUAAUAUGUUUUCAACAAAUACCCAUUUCGUUAAUAAUUUGGACAUUUUAAGAAGCUAUGGGUCUGCUGGUGAUGAACUCGAAAAUAUAGCUUUUGAGUAUCAGAAAAUAAACUUACAUAAUCAAAAUGUAAAUAUUAAUAACGAGAACAUAUCAGACGUUGCUACGUCAUCAUAUAAAACAUACUGGUGCGAUCAAAUGCAACUUAAGACGUUUUGUGAAAAUAAACUUAACAAUGGAAAGCCAAUAGAUUAUCACAAUUUGCCAUUAAAUCGUCUUACAUCAAUAAAAUCCAACUGUGGAAAACUUAUUCAAGUUACGAUGCCCAACGUUUGUCAAUCAACAUUUGGUGGAGAAUACUCAUCUCUUGGUCAGUACCACUGGGAUUGUUCGGAUUGGGUUAGGAACAGUCAUAAUCCUUUGCCAGAUAUAACAGAAGUACCUGCGGAGAUUGCAGAUUCAACUAGUUUUGAUAGUAAUGAAAGUAAUGAGUCUAAAGCUAAAUCAUCAUCUAUUCCAAAGUUUUCCAUGUUAAAAGUAAAUCCUGUCAGAGAUAUUUCAACAUUACCCGAAGAUUUAGUUUCUGACUCUGUCGAUUCUGAGCUACAAGACAUCCAAAACAUAAGACUGCCAUUAAGUAGUAAUUCGCUAUCAAGACUGAGCCCCAUAUAUUAUAGUGAGAACGAAGACUACACAUUAAAUUCAGUGCCUUUCAGAUGUAUCACAAAAUGUAAAAUGUAUGUUAGACACCCUGACACAUAUUUGCCACCUUUGAGCAAUCUUAGCGAAACAGAAGGGGAAAGUUCAUCGAAUGACAAAUGUACAAAAACCAAUGAUGAUUUGGAACAUUCUAAAAGAAAAUUAAGUGUAAAUUCCGAUGAGGCAUUCCUGUGCAACAAAAGUCCUUAUAGCAGCAAUAUUUCCGUACAUCUUUGUGAAAUCGAAGAUUCAGAACUCGAAGAAUUCUUGCCUAAAAGAAAAGAAACGCCGGCGAUACCCGAUUGACUUUAAAUAUCAACUAGUUUUCCAUUUUCCUCUUUUACUGUAUGUAGUACCUUUAAUAAUAUAAAUACAACAAAAUAUUUUA